AUGACUGGAAAACUCAAUGGAUCAUGUUUUUAUAGUCUAAGCUGCUUUUGCCUUGACUGUGUUGUAAACACAUGGAGGAGCUCUUGUGGUACAAUGCCAGAAAGACUAACGGACAUGCUUAUGGAUACAUGGACUCCAUUAGUAAUAUUAUGGAUUACUGUCCUUCCUUCCAUUUAUAUGGCUCCAAUGAAUCAAUCCCAAGUACUGCCAAGUGGAUCCAGUACUGGACUAAAAAGGCUAACUGAAGAACAAAGAGUUUUGAACCGUUCUAAGAGAGGCUGGGUUUGGAAUCAAAUGUUUGUAUUGGAAGAAUUUUCUGGACCUGAACCAAUUCUAGUUGGCCGGUUACACACAGACCUGGAUCCUGGCAGUAGCAAAAUCAAGUAUAUCCUGUCAGGAGAUGGUGCUGGAACAAUCUUUGUGAUCAAUGACAAGACUGGAGACAUUCAUGCCAUGAAAAGGCUUGACCGUGAGGAAAAAGCUGAAUACACUCUAACGGCUCAAGCAGUCGACAGAGACACAAAUCAACCUCUGGAGCCUCCUUCAGAAUUCAUUAUCAAGGUUCAAGACAUCAAUGACAAUCCCCCAGAGUUUGUGGAUGGGCCAUAUCAUGCCACAGUCCCUGAAAUGUCUGUUGUAGGCACCUUUGUUACUAAAGUAACAGCUACAGAUGCAGACGAUCCAGUUUAUGGAAACAGUGCCAAACUGGUUUAUAGCAUUCUGGAAGGACAGCCUUACUUCUCUAUUGAGCCACAUACAGCUAUAAUUAAAACAGCCCUUCCCAACAUGGACAGAGAAGCCAAAGAAGAAUACUUUGUGGUCAUCCAAGCAAAGGACAUGGGAGGACAUAUGGGUGGACUCUCUGGAACUACAACAGUGACAAUUACACUCACCGAUGUCAAUGACAAUCCCCCUAAGUUUGCACAGAGUCUGUAUCACUUCUCAGUAAUGGAAGAUGUUGCUCUUGGUGAACCAAUAGGAAGGGUGAAAGCAAAUGACCUGGAUACUGGAGAAAAUGCUAAAUCCUCCUAUGAUAUUAUUGAAGGAGAUGGAAUGGAUUUGUUUGAAAUUACCACGGAUGCCCAAACUCAGGAUGGCAUUAUUAGAGUGAGAAAGCCACUGGACUUUGAGACCAAAAAAUCCUAUACUCUCAAGGUAGAAGCAGCCAACAUUCAUAUUGAUCCUCGCUUCAUCAGUGGAGGACCAUUCAAGGAUACAGCAACGGUUAAAAUUGUAGUAGAGGAUGCUGAUGAGCCACCAGUCUUUUCAUCACCUACUUACCUACUGGAAGUGCAUGAAAACGCUGCUAUUAACUCUGUGAUUGGUCAGGUGACUGCCCAUGACCCUGAUGUGUCUUCCAGUCCUAUAAGGUUCUCCAUUGAUCGGCAUACCGACCUGGAGAGGCAGUUCAACAUUAAUGCAGAAGAUGGAAAAAUAACUUUGGCAACCCCACUGGACAGAGAAACAAACAUGUGGCACAACAUAACCAUUGUAGCUACUGAAACCAGAUACGCAGUCGAAAUACCCUCCUCACACUCCACCUGGUUAGCGGGGAAUCACAGUCAAGUGUCCCGGGUGCCUGUUGUUAUCAAAGUUCUUGAUGUAAAUGACAACGCUCCUGAGUUUGCAUCGGAGCAUGAAGCCUUCCUAUGUGAGAAUGGGAAGCCUGGGCAGGUAAUUCAGAUUGUCAGUGCAGUUGACAAAGAUGACCCUAAAAAUGGACAUUAUUUCCUGUACAGUCUUCUUCCUGAAAUGGUAAACAAUCCAAACUUCACCAUCAAGAAAAAUGAAGAUAACACUCUCAGCAUAUUGGCAAAGCACAGUGGAUUCAGCAGGCAGAAGCAAGAAGUUUACCUCCUGCCAAUCAUAAUCAGUGACAGUGGGAAUCCUCCCAUGAGCAGCACCAGCACUCUGACCAUUCGGGUCUGUGGUUGCAGCAGCGAUGGCAUUGUCCAGUCCUGUAACGUCGAAGCAUACGUCCUGCCCAUUGGACUCAGCAUGGGAGCCCUCAUUGCAAUAUUAGCCUGCAUCAUUUUGCUGCUAGUCAUUGUGGUGCUGUUUGUGACACUAAGGCGACAUAAGAAUGAGCCUCUAAUCAUCAAAGAUGAUGAAGAUGUGAGGGAAAAUAUUAUUCGCUAUGAUGAUGAAGGAGGUGGAGAAGAAGACACAGAAGCUUUUGACAUUGCAACUUUGCAAAAUCCCGAUGGAAUUAAUGGAUUUUUGCCUCGUAAGGAUAUUAAACCUGAUCUGCAGUUUAUGCCCAGGCAGGGUCUUGCACCUGUUCCUAAUGGUGUUGAUGUUGAUGAAUUUAUUAAUGUAAGGCUUCAUGAAGCUGAUAACGAUCCCACAGCUCCACCAUACGACUCUAUCCAGAUUUAUGGCUAUGAAGGAAGAGGGUCAGCGGCUGGUUCCCUUAGCUCCUUGGAGUCCUCUGCAUCAGACUCAGAUCAGAAUUUUGACUACCUCAGCGAAUGGGGUCCUCGCUUUAAAAGACUUGGAGAACUGUACUCAGUUGGAGAAAGCGACAAAGAAACUUGA